CCCUCCUUCUUGGUCGCUGCGGCUCAGCGCAUCCACGAGCACUAUUGCGUAUUUCACGCUCGCUUACAUACGUUUCAAAGCGCACGAGUCGACGCAGCGGUCGGCGGCUCUCACACGCAGACCACAAGCAUGCUCCUCGCAAGGACCCUGCAGCGCCGCGCGGGCGCGCGCGCCGCACGCAGCUUCGCGGGAAUAGAAAAGACGCUCGACGGCAAGCGCAGCACAGAGGAGGAGCGCUUCAUCCGAGAACAAGAAAAGGCCAACAAGGCCAAGCGCGGCGCGAAUGUAAAGGAGAUCACGACGGUCGGCGUCGUCGGCCUGGGCCUCAUGGGCCACGGCAUCGCGCAGAUCUCCGCGGCGGCGGGCUUCCAGACCGUCGGUGUUGAUCUGAACGCCGAGGUGCUGGCGAACGGCCAGAAAGCUAUUGAAACGUCCGUCGCGAAGCUCAACUCGAGGAAAGCUUCUAAAAAUCCCGACUUCGACGCCCCCGCGGCGACGGAGGAGACGCUGGCGCGCCUGAGCUACGCUUCUACGGUAGACGCCGUCGCGCAGUGCGACUUGAUCGUCGAGGCCAUCGUCGAGGACGCUUCCAUUAAACAGAAGUUUUACGCCGAUUUGGGGGAGCGGGCCAAGGCCGAGGCGAUAUUUGCGUCCAAUACAUCUUCUUUAGCUGUGGCGCCGAUGGCCGCCGCGUCCCAGAGGCCGGACCGGUUCGUCGGGCUGCACUACUUCAAUCCCGUCCAGCUCAUGAAGCUGUGCGAGGUCGUGCAGACGCCGGAAGUUGAUGAUGAAGUCGUCGAGCUGGUCGACGGCUGGGCCAGGCUCACGGGCAAGAUCACGGUGAGAUGCAAGGACACGCCGGGCUUCAUCGUCAACAGGUUGCUCGUGCCGAACCUGGCCGCGGCCAUCGCCAUGGCCGAACGGGGCGACGCCGCUAUACAGGACAUCGACGCGGCCAUGUGCCUGGGCGCGGGCCACCCGAUGGGGCCUUUGCAAUUGGCCGAUUAUGUCGGACUGGACACGUGCUUAUCUAUACUAAAGGGCUGGUGCGCGCAGUACCCGGACGAGCCGGCCUUCUUCGUGCCCCCCUCACUGACGGCGAAGGUCGCCGCGGGGAAACUGGGCCGCAAGUCGGGCGAGGGCUACUACGUCUGGGGCGACGGGCCGGCGUCGACGAAGCCGUCGGGGGUGUCGGGGUUAUAA